UCCACAAUAGCAUUUGUACGAUAUCUAGGCCGUUUCUGUUUAUAGCAGGCACUCUUAUCAGCAGUCUGUGACGUCAGGCGAUUCAGACAAACAUUUCGGAAUCGCACUGUGUAAACUGUAAUGUACAUGUAAACAAAGCUUAAGGUUAAAUAUUUCUGGAGAUAAAUUAAUGGAUAAAUUAUGGUAACAACUAAACACUGUUGUUACGGAGAUUGUAAAAGUGACUUGAGGACAUUGAAUAAUGAUGUACUUUUUUAUUGGUUUUGGAAAUGGAUUUGAUCAUUUCCAAAGCCCAAAAUAGAUUGUGAAAAGUAUAUGCGUUGGGUGCAAAAUUGUGGACGGAAAUAUUUUACCAUCGCCAAUGUUAAUAAGGAAACAUAUAUAUGUUCAAUGCACUUCGUCGGUGGGAAGGGUCAGACGGAAGAAAAUCCAGACCCAAUCAAAUAUGGAACAGAGGUUACCAGAAAGAGAAAAAUGCCUGCUGAACGCCUGCCAUACAAGUCAUCAAAACAGCAGCGUACAGAAAGAAAUGAGGCAGCCCAAGCAAUGAUGAUGUUACCAAUCACUGGUACCAUCAGUCCUGUCGUGAGUGAAAAUGCACAUGAGGCUGUUGCAGAUAAUGCUCCAAAAACGUUGUUCAGAAAUUAAUUGUAAACCAGAUGUACAGGAAAAGGAAAGUCAGACAGAAAAAACAGUGUCAUCAGAUAUUGUAAGGUUAAACAUACAGAACAGAAUUUUAGAAAACAAUCUCAAAGUCUCAUCUCAAGAUCAGUUCCAGAUUCAGAAGCCAAAGAAACAAAAUAAGGUUGAAGAAAAGGCAAGAGUCACUGAGGCCCUCAGUGUGGACACUUUAUGAAUGAUGACAAAGCGUUUAAGUUUCUGGUUUGACAUGCAUCCAGUUUUUGUUCCUGUGGGACUUCUUGGGAGACUGUACACAGAAAAUCAAUUUUUGGAAUUCCAGUGUAAGCAAUCCAGACAAGACUCCUAGCCGUAGACCAGGGCAUAAGCGGCUUAGUUGUUUAUGUUUCUCAUGCGUGUUCGGCUUGAUUGUUACACCAAGAUUUGGCGUACAGGUUCGAAACAAACACGAGACAAGUUUCCAUAAUAAUAAUAACCUGGGUUCAAUUACUUUAUAAAAAGUUUUCGAUGUUAAAGAAAUUUAUGUUUGCUUCCAGAAGGAAAGUCCGAAAACAUUUGCCAAGAUGUUUUAAUAAAUAUUAAAAUAUACGCUGUAUACGGAGACACAUUAAAUCGGAAUCCACCUAAAAACAUGAAUACACCGGAAUACAUUUUCCAUAACCGAAAUACUCCUGUAUUUUUUUUUAAGUUAGAGGUAUUUUUGAAGGGUCUUUGAUAUAAUUUAAUCAGAGAUAUCAUGAAUAAUUAAUAUACGAAAGGAAAAUAAAAUACGUUUACGCAAAAUAAUUCUAUACGAGAUUGAAAAUCGGCGACCGCGCGGGAAAUUUCCGUAACCAAAAUACACCCGUAUUUCAUUAAUAAAUGGUAUUUUUAGGGUUAAUUGCAAAAAUCAUGCGUGUAUAAAAUAUUGUUCUAAAGUUCAUGUGCAAGCCCCAGGAAAUUUUCAAGCCAAGGGAAAUCAGUACUCUUCUUUAAGGGAUACACUUCAUACAAGUUUCUUGUUGCAACUGCACUAAAUGGCGCUAUCCUGUAUGUAAGCGAUACGUUUGAAGGCAGUAUCAGUGGCAAGGAGAUUGUAAAAACAAUCAGAUGUUUGAGAAUUUGAUAUGUUUAAAUGAAGAUCAAGUUAAGUUGAUUCGACCACCAUUUCUUGGUUCUAGGCAUCAGUUUACCCCACAGGAGGAAGAUUUGACAAAAGACGUUGCUAAACAUAGAAUUCAUGUCGAGCGCUCAAUUAAAAGAAUUAAAAAAAAAUAUCAGCGAGUUAUACCCAAGCUUUGCAGCCAGUUUUCUCACAACUAGUUUUUGUUACAGCUUGCUUAGUUAUUUUUCAGGACCCACUAGUUAAAUAAAUAAUUAGGCGUAAAAAAAUGUUUGUUUCCGGUAACAUGACCUAUGCUAAAUUUUUGGCUCUACCCUAAAUGUUUUUAUGGCCUUGGAGAAUAUUUUUUUCAACUUAUUAACACAAAGUUUUUUAUGCUUUAAACAUGGUCAGUGAUGUUAGAAAUCAAUUACUUAUGCUCUAAAGGCAUAACCCCCUUACUUGUUUUACUGUUUUGACAUAGGAAUAAUUUCUGAAAAGUCACACUUAAUAACCCUCCCCCCACCACACACACACAGACACACACACACACGCGCGCGCGCGCCAAAACAAAUUUCCGACCUGCCUACCCUAAUUUUUUAGC